AGAUGCCGGCCAGACCUAAUACUGCCAUAGUCAACCUCAAUGAGACCAUCAAACCAGGACAGAGGCGGAAAUCUAACAAGAAGGAGAUAAAUACAGAGAAGGUCCCGGUUUAUGAGCCGGGGAUCCCAGAGCCAACAAAUAGAGCCGAGCUCAUGAAAUAUUGGAUAAACUUGUCUUUGGAUGAUAAGACUGCUAACAAGAUGUUGUGGAUUUCGGAGAGCGGCUUGAAGGUGUGUCGUAGAACUGAGGAGAUUUGUCCCGUCCUGGAUAGACCCGAGAGAUACGAGUACUCUCCACAGGUGCUGUGCAAAGAGGGCUUGUGGAACGUUAGGGCUUACUGGGAGGUGGAGUUCUCUGGGUGGGUGGUAAUCGGAGCCACCUAUGAAGGAGCUGGAAGGAGAGCGAAUUCUGGGCCAAGCGGCCUGGGAGAAAACGAGGAGUCCUGGGGUCUGUGUUGGUUAGGAUCAUGUUAUCAGAUCUGGUUCGACGGCGUAAACAAAGACAUAAACAACGUCCCAUUUAGCUCCAUGAUUGGCGUUUACAUUGACCAGCCUGCGGGGAUAAUAAACUUUUACACCGUAACUGGCGAGGGGGGGGAGAAGGAGGUGAAGUUGUUGCAUAAAGUUAAGACGACUAUCGAGAAGAAGAUUUUUCCUGGUUUCUGGAUGGGAAUUCAGUCUUCGUGCACGAUGCUGAGGAAUACAGAUUGAACUAAAACUGAAUGAAUCUGUGUUGAUGAUGUGGCAGAAGGGAUUUUACACCUGCACACCACUUGAGACACUUCUUAUUUCAUCCCGUAAAUAGUGUUUAACCCGUUUGAUACAAAAU